AUGAAUGACUUUUUACGUCAUAACCCCACCAAGUUUAAUGGGAACGCUUCACCAGAUGCAGCUGAUGAUUGGAUUUGUAACAACGAGAAGAUCUUCGAAGUGAUUGAUUGUUCUGAAGAACAGAAGCUAAUAUUUGCUGUCUUUAUGUUGACUGGAGAAGCUGAAUACUGGUGGAGAGGUAUGAGACAAUUGAUGAAUGCUCGUGGGGAAGCCAUUAAUUGGGAGAAUUUCAGAAUAAGAUUCCUAGAAAAAUACUUUCCUGAUAAUGCAAAGUUCGAGAGGGAAGCUGAGUUCCUCACUCUUCAACAGGGAAGCAGGACAGUGCCAGCCUAUGUGCAACGCUUUGAGUACCUCUCAAGGUUCUAUACGCAGACAAUGAGUGAAGAAUGGAAAUGUCGAAAGUUCGAAAGGGGUCUACGCCCUAGCCUUAUGAAAGCAAUUAUUCAUCUGAAGAUUAGGCAAUUUCCUGAAAUGGUUGAGCAAGCUAAACUGGCAGAACAGAUAGAAGGAAAUUCUAGUCGAGUUGUUAAGUCUCAGCAUAAUAAGUUUGGUGGAGGAAAGCAAGUAAAGAAGCCUUAUCAACGACCGCAACCAACCAUUCAAGGAGCUGUGAGAUGUUUUGAAUGUGGAGGUCCGCAUUAUAGAAGUGAUUGCCCCAAACUACCUGGAAAAAGGGUUAACGGGAAGGUAUGUUUCUCUUGCAACAAGCCGGGGCACUUUUCUUAUGAUUGCCCUGAGAAGAAGAAGAAAGAAAAUGGACCGCAACAAUCAAGCUCCUCUGGAGGGAAACCCAAAGCAGUUGGAAGAGUUUUUGCCAUCACCGGAGAAGAAGCAGCAAAGCCAGGUAACCUUAUUUUAGACACGUGCCUUUUAUUUGGAAAAUGUGUACGUGUUCUGUUUGAUUCCGAAGCUACACACUCCUUUGUAUCAUCUGCAUGUUCGGAAGAACUCAGUUUACCCGUAAGUGAUCUAGGGUGUAUUUUGGUGGUUUCUACACCAACAUCGGGUCAGAUCUCGACCAGUUCAGUCUGUGUCGGAUGUCCGAUUGUAGUAGCAGGACGCAAGUUCAAAGUGAACUUGAUCUAUUUUCCUUUGAAAGAGCUUGACGUCAUUCUAGGGAUGGAUUGGUUGUCUAUCAAUCACAUCCUUAUCGAUUGUGGACAACAGAAGUUAGUGUUUCCAGACGUCGGCGGUUUGGAGCUUGUUUCAACCACGAAAGUUCUAAAGGAUUUCAAGGAUGGUGUUGUAUGUUUUGUGAUUAUAGCACAAGAACAAAAGAAAGACUUUGGACGACAAGCAACGGGUAUUUCAGUAGUAGAAGAUUUCGCUGAUGUUUUUCCAGAUGAGAUACUUGAGUUGCCACCAAGGAGGGAAGUUGAGUUCUCUAUUGAUUUGAUUCCUGGUGCAGGACCAAUAUCGCUAACGAUCAAGAAUAAGUAUCCACUACCGAGGAUUGACGACUUGUUGGAUCAGUUACAAGGAGCGGGUAUAUUCUCUAAGAUUGACUUAAGGUCCGGUUACCAUCAGAUUUUAGUCAAGCCCGAAGAUGUGCAAAAGACAGCUUUUAGGUCGCGCUAUGGACAUUACGAGUAUGUAGUGAUGCCAUUUGGAGUUACAAAUGCUCCUGCAAUUUUUAUGGACUAUAUGAAUCGGAUAUUUCGAUCCUGCCUAGAUAAGUUUGUCGUUGUGUUUAUUGAUGACAUUCUCGUAUAUUCCAAAAGUCGAGAAGAGCACGAAGGGCAUUUGAGGUUGGUGUUAGAGAUUUUGAGGGAGCAUCGCUUGUAUGGAAGGUUGUCUAAGUGCGAGUUUUGGUUAGACGAAAUUCAAUUUCUGGGUCAUGUAAUUUCUUCGCAAGGAAUUGCUGUAGAUUCGUCAAAGGUUGAAGCAGUGCUUAAGUGGGAACGUCCGAAGACUGUAUCAGAAGUAAGAAGUUUUGUCGGCUUGGCUGGUUAUUACCGGAAAUUUGUGGAAGGUUUCUCUAAGAUUGUGAGUCAUUUGACUCGGUUAACUCGUAAGGAUCAACCUUUUUCGUGGACAGACAAGUGCGAAGAAAGCUUUGAAGAGAUGAAGAAAAAGUUGACGAGUGCUCCAGUCUAG